GAACUGGCCGCGAGCCAGGGCGCCGCGGAGGGAGGCCUGUUUGCCGGUGAGGUGGUGCUGCGUUAAGUGGUCGUGAGCGCGGGCUUCGGGAGGGAGGCAGGACCUGGAUCUGGAAAGGAGCCGGUGCCGACGGAGUCCAUCUGUGGACGGCGCGUUUACUAAGCACCUCUAGAGAAGGGUUUUGCCUGAAAUGGAUACCCGGAUCCCUUAUGAUGACUACCCAGUGGUUUUCCUGCCUGCCUAUGAGAAUCCCCCAGCAUGGAUUCCUCCUCAUGAGAGAGUGUACCACCCAGACUACAACAAUGAGUUGACCCAGUUUCUGCCCCGGAUCGUCACACUGAAGAAGCCCCCUGGUGCACAGCUGGGAUUUAACAUCCGAGGAGGAAAGGCCUCCCAGCUAGGCAUCUUCAUCUCCAAGGUCAUUCCAGACUCUGAUGCACAUCGAGCAGGACUUCAAGAAGGGGACCAAGUUCUGGCUGUGAAUGAUGUGGAUUUCCAGGAUAUUGAGCACAGCAAAGCUGUUGAAAUCCUGAAGACAGCCCGAGAAAUCAGCAUGCGUGUGCGCUUCUUUCCUUACAAUUAUCAUCGCCAAAAAGAGAGGACUGUGCACUAGAGGCUUGCAGCUCAUAGCCCUCCAUGUGGAAUCUGCCUGAGCAAGCCGGCUAGCCCUCUGAGAUGCAGUCGGGAAAUUCUACUCUCAGCGCCUUCCUGGCUUAGCGGGUGGGGAGGAUGGGGAGCAGCUUACUAGCUGCAUUCUGUAUCAACUGUACUGUCCUUGGAGUUCCCCUAGUUUCCUAGGUGAGUUUCAUUCUGGAAAAGGAGAGAGCUGGUGAUGUUUGUAGCCUGUGUGGAAAGCCAGCUGGAAAGCCACUGGCAGUUAUCAGGUACCACAGAUGGGUCACUUAGCAUUUUAUUUGUAGAAAUCAGAGAAUCUGGGGACCUUCCAUCUCAUUUGCCUAGCCAUGCCACCUAGUCCUUGUACAUAUACUUUGGAGUCCCAUACACUUGGGAGACUCCGAAGAGACACUGGUUUUGCCCCUUCCUCCUCAUCCCCCUAAAGUAAAAACACAGUACCAAACAAA